AAAAAAAUUAAAAUGGCACCAUAAACAACGAGCCGUCAUGUUGUCUGACACAUGACUUUUUAUGUUGCAUACACAAGAAUAUCUAAUUUGAUUCGACAUUUAGUAAUUAAGACAAAUAUAACACUAAGUUUAAUAGUUGUCUUGCCAAUCAACUGAAACAACACUAUACACAUGUGAAAGAUGAACGUAAUUAAUGGGCGGCAGUGUUCGCGUGCGGUGUCGGAGUUUUCAAGUGUCAACUGAUCGAAAUCGGGCCUCCUUAGCCGCCUCCAUGAAUAAUAACAGGAUAUGAUAACAUGGCCGUACAACCGGACUCCGGAGGGAAGGACGACGUGAAGACACAGUUCGUGACACGGGAAGGCACGUACAGAUUGAUGACGCUGUCCGAGUACUCGAGACCGAACCGUGUGGGUUACACCAGUGGCUCAGGCUCGACUCAUGUCCGCGUGUCGCUCGUGUCGUUGCCGCCGGGGCCGGGGGGCGGUGCGCCCGGCUCCGACGGACAGGCCUCCGAUGACAGAAUAUGUUUCAAUCAUGGGAAAGAACUCUAUGUUUAUGUUUACAGAGGUGUUAAAAAGGCAGCUGACCUCACGAAGCCUGUGGACAAAAAAAUGUACAAGGGCACAAACCCAACGUGCCACGAUUUCAACGCGGCUACGGUGACGCCAGAGAGCGUCGCACUAGUCGUUGGCUUCUCCACUGGACAGAUACAACUCAUAGAUCCUAUUAAAAAGGAAUUAAGUAAAUUAUACAAUGAAGAGAGACUGAUAGAUAAGACACGCGUCACUUGCAUCAAGUGGGUUCCUGGGUCGAGCAACCUGUUCAUAGCAGCACAUGCUUCGGGCCAGCUGUAUGUGUACAACGAAGAGUUGACCUGUGGCACCGCCUCCCCGCACUACCAGCUGUUCAAGCAGGGCGAUGGCUACUCCAUACACACGUGCCGCACCAAGUCCACCCGCAACCCCCUCUACAGGUGGCUCAUCGGUGUCGAUGGCAGCUGCAUCAAUGAAUUCGCCUUCUCCCCGUGCGGCACGAAUUUAGCUGUAGUAUCACAGGAUGGUUUUCUAAGGGUUUUCCACUACGACACCAUGGAACUGAUCGGUCGAGCCCGCUCGUACUUUGGUGGAUUUUUGUGUGUAUGUUGGUCACCCGACGGAAAGUACGUGGUGGUCGGGGGAGAGGACGAUCUAGUUACCGUGUGGUCCUUCGGCGAGAGGAGAGUAGUGGCGCGGGGUCAGGGCCACAGGUCGUGGGUGUCCGUGGUCGCCUUCGACCCCUACGUCGUCAGCUUCAGCGAGGGCGACAGCGAGGAGGUCGCGGAUGAGGACAAGAAAAGUGAAAGUGUUCAGUGCUACAGACUAGGUAGUGUUUCGCAGGACACGCAGUUAUGUUUCUGGGAUCUGACUGAGGACGUACUGAGGCCACCGGUGCGGGCGCGGGCCUCGGCGCAUCUAUCGCCAAACAGCCAGAACUUCUCUCCCAACGGAGUUCCGGGGGCAAAGGUUCCAACGAAAUGCACCAAGACAAACAAAGUGGGGCAUAAGCACGCCGAGUUAAGUGGCCACAACAAUGCGGCGGGCGAGCCCUCCGGCGCCAAGCCUGUCGCCAAGACGAAAGCAAACAACGUUUCCACGUUGAACAUCAGCGUCGGAAAAGCGAAGGAGGAGAGCUCCGGCUCGCUCGGCGUCAACUUCACCCAACGGCUGGCGGGUUUCUCAUUCGGCGAGCGAAGAUCCGACCACCGGAGGAACUUCAGCUUAUCGAAGCCCGCCGAGAAGACUUCGGCUACGAACACGGUCGCGCUGCGGGGCAAGUCGGCGGGCACACAUACGAACGAUACGUACGACCCUCUGAAGCUGAUAGGGACGCCGUCGUGUCCGCGCUUCGACGAGUGCCCGGUGCUGGAGCCGCUGAUCUGCAAGAAGAUCGCACACGAGCGACUGACGUCGCUACUGUUUCGCGCAGAGUACUUCGUUACGGCGUGCGCUGACGGCUGCGUUAACACGUGGGCGCGGCCCACCCGGCAGCACAACGGGGAGGUGCGCCCGCGCCGCUCCGAGCGCGCCGACCGCAUCGACCUCGUCGACUAGUCCCUGCAGUGCAGUGCAUUGACACCCAUAGUUCACUAGCUCCGUGUUACAGCCUAUGUAAGUGACACUUUUAGUUAAUACCAACUGUCAUCUCAGUCUGUUCAAAAUUAAUUCACAUUAUGUUCAAUAUUUGUUUUAAUAAUUUGACAAUUAUAACUCUGCUCAUAUUCGUAACUUGUCCAUCAAGUUAUGAUUAGAAAUAAAUUUCUAUAAAUAUUCAUAUCACAUAAUACCAUAUUUUAAUUAAAAUGUUGUAUAUAUUUAUUGAACAGACUGUUAGGAUAUGUGAAAUGGUAGGCAUUUAUUAACAGUUUUAUAUUCGGCCGUUGAAAGAAUUACAUUAUUCCAUUGUAGAGAUUAAAAUAUAGUUGAUUUUGUAUGUGUGAGAGAUUAUUGCUACUUUGAAUUAUUUAUUACUUUUGUUAUUAAUAUUAUAGUUUACGUAUUUUCAUCAUGUCAUAAAUAAAAAGGCAAUUGAAUUUUUACAAAAUUGGUUCAAUCUUUUCUGUUGUUUCACAUCACUGUUCAUGGUGUAAAUACUAAACUAAUUAACCUAUUUCAUUAUGAUCAUUAACAAAAAAUACACUUUCGUUGUUAAAUAUCCGUUUGUUCUUAAUAGAUUUCGGGAUAUUGAAAAGGCAAUUUUCUUGUAGCAAUAGUAAUGAGAUUCGACUGUAUAGAGGAGUGUAUAUUGUAAUUAUAAGUAAAUAUGUUUUUUUUUCUCGGCUCACUGUAAAUAUAGUGAAUAGGUUAUGGAGCGAUCAAAGAUUGCUUGCGCGAUACAAGUGGUACGCGAUGGCGGGAAAACGUCAAACUCUAUUCUAUUGUCUAUGUAUUUCAUGACUGUCAAACUG